GUCCAACGCCGCCCCCCCCAAACGUGCUUGCUUUGUGCCUGGCUCUAACGGUGACGAACCCACAUUGCUGCGGAGCAAAUGAAUCGCAAGCAGCCACCGCGACGCCAUGCCUGCGUCCGAUGCGUUCGAUUGAAAGUCCGCUGCGUGCCCGUUCCCCCCACGGGCACGUGCGUACGCUGCACCCGGUUGGGCCAGCCAUGCUCGCUGCCUGAGUCCCCCCAUGUCAACCGUCCCAGGAAGACCCGCAUUGAUGCCCUUCAGGAGCAGAUUGAUAACUUGGCAGCGCAACUGGGCCAGAAGCAAGGUGAAUUCUCUCACCACGGCAGUCUCUCCAGUGCAACUCCGUCUACGCACCCACCAGACUCGCCGCGACCCCACCACCGCCGGGAAAGCUCCCGACCCAGCGAUGAGGCAUCGGGGGAACCCGUGCUAGGCGGGUUGGUCACCCUACGGGAGGCCGAUGAGCUCAUGGACAAGUUUCGUACCCAGAAAAUGGCCCAAUUCCCCUUCGUGAUCGUGUCCGCCGACAUGGAGAUCGAGGUACUCCGCCAGCGCUCACCUUUCCUCCUGCUGUGCAUCGUCACCGUGUGUAUGGAACACAAACCGCUCCUGCAACACAAACUGGAGGCCCUUGUCCGGGAAACGGCAGCCACCCGUUUGAUCGCCAAGAGUGAACGCAACCUCGAUCUACUGCUAGGGCUUCUUGUCCACUGCGCAUGGUUUCAUUACCACUGGCGGACCCCGCACAUCCACAAGUACAUGCUACUUGAAAUGGCCCACAUGGUUGUCGUCGAUCUGGGGAUAGACAAGGACGAGAACAUCCGCAUGCAGCCUAUUCCUCCAGAGCCUGCAGACAACCAACGCCAUCAUUCCAACCCCACAGAGCAGAGGGCUCUGCUCGGCUGCUAUCAUCUGUGUUGCACGUCGACACUGUUUCGCCGGCAGGUGACGAUGAGACACACCAAAUGGAUAACGCAGUGUGUGGAGGACCUUGCUCGGAAGCCGGAAUACCCUAGCGACGUCCUCCUAGGGGAAUAUAUUCUCUCCAACAAUUUCUUGCGACGUACGCAAUGUGUCUUCGACGAAGACGUAUGCCUCUGCUCCUACCACCCUCGGGAUGCGUCAUGGGAGCAAAUCGUAGAUUCCAUCGAACGACAAGAGAGGCAGACCGAGGACCAACUAUCACGUCUCGCCUCGUGUGACAAUUGGGCCCUUCGUCUGGAGCUCACUGCACUCACCACUUUGACUUUGGGGCAAGCAGUACAGCGCCGCAGAGAUAUCUUUCGACUUCGGGAGAUCAAUCGGCUGCAGCAUCUUACGGCCUCAGCUCACCGGGUUCUUGCCACAUAUCUCCAGGUACCACCAGACGUGGCUGUGCAUCUGCCGGCCUCCUCAUAUUAUACCCUUUGGUACGUGAUGCUGGUUCUUGCCAAAGUGAGCUUGCUAUUCGGGAACUACAACCACCCGACACCAGAAAUAGACAGUCGGCGGGUUCACGAGGACGUCCUGGCCACCAUGCGAAAGAUUGCUUCGCUCUCUCUUGGUGAUGAUAUUUGGUCGAAUUGCCGAGUGAUUAGCAUGGUGGCAUGGCUAGAGAAAAGCAAAAGUGAGGCGCAGCGCCAGUGCAGUAUUAGUCAUGUGGUGCAACAUCCGAGCGAGGCUUAUGGCCCUCCUCGACCCCCCGUCUCAUGGCAGGGCCCGCCCCCUUCCAUAGUUUUCGAGUCGCAACCCCACUGGACAUCAAGUCAAUUACCCGUGCAGCCGGAACCGGCUGUAUACCUUGAAACGCUGAUGCAGAACGACUGGGACACGGGCAUUUGGCGUCAGACCCUGGAAGCAUUCACUAUGUUCGGACCCCCCACUCCACAGAGCCAGAUGAGCUUACAAUCGACCGUGGUUAUUUGAUGGCAUGCGAUUGUAGUGAAAUUG